AUGAACACCGCUUGCAGCUCUGAAGCUUAUGAACGUGAAUUCCUACACGUUAGGAAGUCAAGAAAGAAAUAUGAACAUCUCCACUGUGUGCCCAAAGCACUGAACGAGAGGAAACAAGGAUUGGGAAACCGCACCGGGUUAACUGGCUGUGCCACAGCAACUGGGUCUUCCCAAGGUCUCCACGGCCAACACCCGGCCCCUCAGUCUGCGCAGAGCCAACGCCUUCCUGCUUGGGUAUCCAGGGCCCCCACCUUCACCCGCCAGGUGGUGACUGUGUCACAGUGGGUGCCAGGGAGCGGCCACUGUGACCCAUGGGGCUGCGAGCAGAACAAAGGCUGCCAAGCUCAGAACCUGCGUCAGUGCGACUUGGUGAGAGUUGGCAGAGGAGUGUGCAGAGGAGAAAGCUCAGCGUUGCCGGAGCAGGAACUCUGCAAGUGCUCGCUGUCGAUGUGCGCCAUGGAGGCUCCCAACUGGAUGGAGCCAGCGUGCAUGCUGUGCGGCCAGACAGAUGCUGACCCAGACAUCUGUGGGCUCAAGCACCUGGACUCUGGGAUAUGUGCCCAUGCAUUCUGUAUGGCAUUUUCCAACGGCCUUCUCCAGCAGGCAACUAGAGUGAACACGACUGCUGAGGUGUCCCCUGUAUACGUCCAACGCGUAAUCCAGGAGGCAGAGCAGAAGCACUGCUUCGUUUGUGGCGAAACGGGGGCCCCCAUCACGUGUGCAGAGACGGGCUGUGAACUGAGUUUCCAUCUGCCCUGCGCCCGGGUGGGUGAAUGUGUCACCCAGUAUUAUGGAAACUACAGUUCAUUCUGCCAGAAGCACAGCCCUGAGCAGGCUGCGGAGGCGACUCCAGAGCAGAACACCAACUGCAUUAUCUGCAUGGAGCCAGUGGAGGACAACAAGUCCUACAGCACCCUGGUGUGCCCAGCCUGCAAACACGCCUGGUUCCACCGGGCCUGUAUCCAGGUAGGAGCCCUCCCCUACACCAGCGGGCAAGCUGCAGCAGGCAACCCGCAGCACCUGAGCCCGCUCCCGCUCCCACUGAUGACUGUGUUUCUGCUACAGGGACAGGCCAUCCGUGCGGGCAUUAACUGCUUCCAGUGCCCCCUCUGCAGAGAUGCGGAUGCCUUCCUCUCUGACAUGCUCAUCAUGGGCAUCCGAAUCCCACUCAGUGGACCCAUGUGGGAGGACGGCAAUGCAUACGCAUCGCUGGGAGUGAGACACGGGCGCUGUGAUGCCACCGAGUGCCUUUGUCCACAAGGCAGGGAGCAGGCAGAGGGAGAGGGGCCCUGGGAGAUGCUCCUGUGCAGCUCCUGUGCUGCAGAAGGCACUCACCGGUGCUGCUCCCAGCUGAGCAACAACGCGGAUGAGUGGGAGUGCCAAGCCUGCGCUGGCGUGGGCACCGCCUCCACUGUCAACUCAGAGGUCACCGGCCCCAGCACCGCCAGCCAGCAAGGACUGCUGCCAUCCAACAGCCCCACUGCACCUGAGAGCAGCAGCUCCAGCACUGCCAGCCAGGCAGCGUCAGGGCCUGGUCACAGUUCCCAGGUGCCUGACAGCGGCAGCCAGUCCAGCCAGCCUGGGACAGGCCAAAGCCAUGCUGCAGUUCCAUCGGGUGCAGCUGAGAGGUGCACCCCAACGUCGGCCGGUCAGAGGCCCCCACGGUCCUCGAGGGCUUCCCGAGCAGCCGGCAGCCGCAGGUCCGGGCAGGGAGAGCGGAAUCGGACACGAAGCCGCUCCCCAAUCCAAUCUCAGGCGCCACGUUCCAGCAGCCAUCCCCAAAGGCGCUCUGGGAGGAGCCACGCACCUGCUCCAGCGGCUGAGAGUGGCUCCCCACGCUACACCAGACGGGGAGCGCUGGGGUCGUCAGGGGAUGCCCCAGCGGCUGAUGGAAGAAGCCAGCCCAGGCAGCUAGUGCAGGCCCAGACACGAAGCCGUUCCCCUGUGGAACGUCGGCCUGCACAAUCCCGGGGCCAGCUCCAAAGACGCCUCAGGAGCCAGUCCAGGCGACGAAGGCCAGCCCAGGUGCAAAGCCGCUCCCGGCUACAUCGGGCCACGAAUCCCCGCAGCCGGCCCCAAAGAGGCCGCAGGACUAGCCGGGAGAGUGUACGUGUGUCACGCAGUUCCUGCAGCAGCACAAACACACCUGUUCCCACCGGGGCAGUGAUCAGGGAGAAGUCCAGCCCUCACCCCCAGAAGCGAGGCCCCACUGCCCCUAACCGCGCUUCUGCUGCAGGGACAGGUCCUGAGCAUGGCCAUUCUCUGCUGCCAGUGCCCCUCUGCAGAAACAAGAUCGCCACACUGAGCGCCUUCAGACACGCACAACAUGGGGAUGUCAACCCCACUGGGGCUGGUGUCCUGCUGCUCUGGCAGGCCUGGUCCUCUGCUGUCCAUGAGCUCUGUGCCAGGAUGGAAGAGCACGGCUGCCCUAGGGUGGUUCCAGGGCUGCAGCCGUGCCCGAGGGACAGACAGCUCCACUGGCACAGGGAUCAUUGGCAGCAGGUGAAGGGAAGCGAUCCUUCCUCCUGCAGCACGGCCAACACCCGGCCCCUCAGUCUGCGCAGAGCCAACGCCUUCCUGCUUGGGUAUCCAGGGCCCCCACCUUCACCCGCCAGGUGGUGA